GACGAUGUUGUGAAUUUGGGUACUGCCGAGUUGGAAGCAAUGACAAUAGCGAGAAGAAGAGCGUUGGGAAAGGGUUUGACCGUUUCGCCUACGAAGAAGGUGAAAAAGUCGAUCAGUAUGCGAGAAGAUGAGCCAUUCUAUACUCAACAAAGCCCUCAUCAUCAUAUUAGAAUGCGUCGUAGCCCCGAAGGGGGCCCGUCGGCUUACAUAGCCGCUCGAAUUGAGGCAGAUGAAAUGAGGAAAAUGUACUCGGCAGAUCGGCCCUUUGCUGUUGGUGAUGACAAGAUCUAUAAUGGUUUCAACAACUUCCCGUUAGAACCGAAUACGAGGUAUCGUCUCAUGAUGCGUUCGUUUGCCAAGGCCGAUGGAAGACGAAAGGAUGAGUUCGAUAAGCGAGCUCCGAUGGGUGAGAAGCUGACUCGGCUCUACUCCGACUCGGCCCUAACCGAACCGUUUACCACCCGGGCUGCCCUCAGAGCUGGUGCUAAACCGGGCGGUUUCUGGCUGAUUGGACCGCUUAUUGCAUUGCUUAUCAUUGCGAUUCUGAUAGGAAUGUUGGUCUGCUGGUGGUUACGAUGCAAUAAGAAGUCCGCUGGUAGAGGACACCGCCAUGGAUCCAUCACAAAAGUCGCGCUUACCGGAAAUAUCAUGAAUGGCAUACCCGGCGAGACAAGCAAAUUGCUUUCGACUGAUACUUAUGGCCGAAGUGUGAUGAAUCCUUACGAGCAGAUGAAUGGACAUGGUAACGGACACAUGGAAUCAUCGGUAGACCUUUACCCAUUGCCGCGAAGUCAAUCUCGUGCUGGUACAGCAAAUUAUGCACCGGUGCCGGUUGCCAUGCCAUGUCUUCCGUCAGGUGGAACCAUGCUCGGUAAGAAUUUGCUGAUGACAAGUUGA